AUGGCUUCGAGACCUACCGUCACCAUCAUCGGCAAGGAUGGCAAGUCCUCCGGCAACACCCACACCCUGCCGGCUGUCUUCCUGAGCCCUAUCCGCCCCGAUAUCGUCCAGGAGGUUCACAAGGGCAUGGCCAAGAACAAGCGCCAGCCCUACUCCGUCAGCGAGAAGGCCGGUCACCAGACCUCUGCCGAGUCUUGGGGAACUGGGAACGAGCGGGAUUCCUUCCCCAUCGAAUCGUGUCUGCGACUGCUGGAGGACGACAACACCACUCUGCGGCUGCGACGGGGAACAAAUGAGCUACCGCUACGGGCUCCUGCUCUCCUACCACUGCCACCACCCAACCCGCUUCGGCCCUGCGGACGGAAAAUAUCAUCGGCCUUCGGUAACAUGUGCCGUUCCGGUCGCAUGUUCGCCCCUACCAAGACGUGGCGCAAGUGGCACGUCAAGGUCAACCAGGGCCAGAAGCGCUACGCUACUGUCUCUGCCAUCGCCGCCUCCGGCGUUGCCCCUCUCCUCCAGGCCCGCGGUCACCAGAUCUCCAACGUCCCCGAGGUCCCCCUCGUCGUCGACUCGGCUCUCUUCGAGAACGCCGCCGUCGCUCGCACCGCCGCUGCCGUCUCUCUCCUGAAGACCGUCGGCGCUGCCGAUGACGUCGAGAAGGUCAAGAAGUCCAAGAAGCUCCGCGCCGGUAAGGGCAAGCUCCGUGGCCGCCGCUUCCGCCAGCGCCGCGGCCCCUUGGUCAUCUACGACCCCGAGGUUGACGGCAAGGAGCUCGUCACCGCCUUCCGCAACGUCCCCGGUGUCGAGACCUCCCCCGUCACCUCCCUCAACCUCCUCCAGCUCGCUCCCGGUGGCCACCUUGGCCGCUUCGUCGUCUGGACCUCUGCCGCCUUCAAGUCCCUGGACACCAUCUACGGCACCACCACCCAGCCCUCCGCCCUCAAGAAGGACUUCCUGCUGCCCUCCAACAUCGUCUCCCAGAGCGACCUGACCCGUCUGAUCAACAGCUCGGAAACCCAGUCCGCCCUGAACGAGCCCAAGGGCUACGCUCUGACCCGUCGCUCCGCGGUCCAGAAGAAGAACCCCCUCAAGAACAAGCAGGUCAUGCUCCGCCUGAACCCCUACGCCUCGGUAUUCUCCAAGGCGGCUGCCCAGAAGAAAUAA